CUGUCUGAUGAAUGUGCUCGGAGAAUUCUCUAUCAAGAUCUACCUCAACUUGCUCCCGUUGAAAAUGGCGCCUCCCCUGCUUCUCUUCAUUCUUCUUCUUCCUCUACUCUCACCUUCCCUUGUAGCAUCUUCACCACCACUUUCAUUGCAAUCCACCUUUCACCAAUGUCUCAACGAUAACUCCAAAUCUCCACUCCCAUUCUCCGAAACUUUCUUCACCCCUGCCGCCAAUUCCUCUGCUUUCACCUCCGUCCUUUCAAACCCUGCUCAGAACCCCCGCUACUUGCUCCCUACCGUCCCCAAGCCCCUACUCAUCUUCCGCCCACUCCGCAUCUCGCACAUCCAAGCCGCCGUCAUCUGCGCCAGAAAGCUCCGGCUCCACUUCAGAGUUCGCAGUGGCGGCCACGACUACGAGGGUCUCUCCUACGCCGCCGAAAUCGAGUCCCCCUUUUUCGUUCUAGAUCUCUCCAAGUUCCGCAAAGUCAAUGUCGAUGUAGCUUCCAACACCGCCUGGGUCCAGGCCGGCGCCACCACCGGCGAGGCUUACUACCGAAUCUCCCAAAAAAUCCCCACCCACGGCUUCCCCGCCGGGCUCUGCACCAGCUUGGGAAUCGGCGGCCACAUCAUCGGCGGAGCAUACGGCUCCAUGAUGAGAAAAUACGGCCUGGCAGCUGACAACGUCCUCGAUGCCCACAUAAUUGACGCCAACGGCAAGCUCCUGGAUCGUCGGAAAAUGGGGGAAGACGUUUUCUGGGCGAUCCGAGGCGGCGCCGGGGGAAGCUUCGGCGUGAUUGUCGCCUGGAAGUUGAAAUUAGUCCCCGUCCCUAAAACCGUGACGGUGUUCGACGUUCCCAGGACAUUAGAACAGAACGCUACCAAGCUUCUCUUCAAGUGGCAGCAAGUCGCGCCUCAUCUCCACGAAGACCUAUUCGUUAGGGUUGUGGUCAGCGCCGGCCCGAUUGCUAAUUCGACCAAGAGAACCGUCACAGCCACGUUCAACGCCCUGUUUCUGGGUAAUUCCGAUCGGCUGCUGAGAAUCAUGGGUUCCAAUUUUCCGGAAUUGGGUCUGAAGAAAAAGGAUUGUUUGGAGAUGAGCUGGAUCCGGUCCGUUAUGUUUAUUGGGGGAAUACCCAACACCGUUGCUCCCGAGUUUCUUCUGCAGGGGAAGUGGUUUCUGACCCCGCUGUUUUUCAAGGCCAAGUCGGACUACGUGAGGGAGCCGAUUCCGGUGAAGGCGAUGGAAGGGAUGUGGAGGAGGUUGUUGAAGGAGGACAAUCCGUUUGCGAUAUGGACUCCUUACGGAGGGGAGAUGGACAGAGUUUCGGAAUCGGCGACGCCGUUUCCUCAUCGGAAGGGGACAUUGUUCAUGCUUCAUUAUGCAACGGGUUGGGCAGACAGGAAGGCGAGCGAGGGUAAACACUUGGAUUGGAUCAGGGAGCUGUACAGCUACUUGGCUCCCUAUGUUUCUAAGAAUCCGAGGACUUCGUAUGUCAACUACAGGGAUCUGGAUUUGGGGAUGAACAAGAAGGGCAAUACUAGUUUUAGCGAGGCAAGUGUUUGGGGUCGGAAGUACUUCAAGAACAACUUCGAUAGGUUGGUCCAAGUGAAGACCAAGUUCGAUCCUAGCAACUUGUUCAGGCAUGAGCAGAGCAUUCCGGUCCUUCCAGUUUGAUUUGGUAUCAAAUGGAGGUUUUCAAGUCGGAAUUGCUCAUUCGGAGCUGUAUUAAAUGUUGUUAUUGUCAUAUAUAUAUCUGGUUUGUACUAGGUUAUCGAUUUCGAACUCCAGAUCUCGGCUCGGGUUAUGCACCCAUCAAUAACCAAAUCUGGACCCUUUAUUUAGAAGAUUCAGACCAAAUGAGGAAGAAUUAAAGAUCAUUUUUAUUU